UGGCGUUCCAGUGUUUUGCGCACGCGCAGUUAACGCUCAGCACAGGCCAGCAACACAGAGAGGAGAACGACUGGUGCAACGCAGAGGGACGCUUUGGCCCUUAAGGCUGAGGUUUUUGUGGAUUUGGGUCAACGGAGGUGUCGCUUACUAAAAUGACCAGGGGAAAUCAGCGUGAGCUGGCACGCCAGAAGGCUGCCAAGAAGGCAAGCGAGAGCGGCAAAGGGAAGCGAAGUGAGGACGGACUCUCGGCUGCCGCUCGUAAGCAGAGGGAUGCUGUAAUCAUGCAGCAAAAGCAAAAAAAGGCGGACGGCGGAGAGAAAGACAAUCCAAAGUCCAAGUGAGAUGACUUCAUCCCAUAUUCGACAUCCUUCCUGAUUCAAAAUAAAAGCCCUCUUUUUUUUGUUGUUUUUCUUGAAAUCUGACACUCAACAUUGAAUUGAGCCUACUUUCUCUCCUUAUGGCUAUGGGAAUAUUUUUUUCUGGGGUGACGUUGUUGACUAUCCCACGCUGACGCCACGUGCAUGCAGAGGAGCGUCGGUACUUUUAGUAACAGGAGAACGAUGAACAAUUGUCCACGCAAAGCGUCAUUGUAGCUGUGCUUUUUCUUGUACAAAAAGUCUCCUGAUGGUUACAAAUAAAGAGUAUCUUUGUAGUUCA